GCACCAGUACUUCUCAGCCCAGCGAUCCCGACCAUCGCAAACCACCGUCACCUUCCGAGUCCUUACUGAGAAAGACCCACCCCCCGAGAGAGAGCGAGACGCAAACCCUGACUGACCGCCAGGAUGAGUCGCAGCCCAGAGAGGAUUUCCUCCUACCGCCGGCAUUUUGAAGAAUGCACCACCGCCGCCGCGGCCUCCUCCACCUCCCUGCAGGUGAGGGUGUCCAGCCCCUCUCCUGUCCGCAGGGAGGUCCGCGGAGGAGGAGGCCAGCAUGGUGGCGCCAGCUACUCCCGCUCCUCUGCUGCCGGCGGCGGCAUGGCUGUGGGACGCAGGGCCGCCUCUGCCACGUCCGCCUCUGCUUCCCGCAAGUCCCUGAUGAUCAGCGGGUCUGCUGGGGCCGGUGGCAUGUGUAUGGGACCAAACGGAAAGCCUGUGGAUCUGGAUGCCGUGGCCGCAGAGAACGAGGAGUUCCGGGGCACUCGUACAAGCGAACGCAAAGAGAUGGUCGUGCUGAAUGACAGGCUGGCUGCGUACAUCGAAAAGGUUCGAUCCCUGGAGUCGCAGAAUAAGCUCCUGGAGACAGAAAUCGAGUCCCUGUCAAACCGCUUCCUGAAGCCCUCUGGCCUGCGCAGGCUCUAUGAAGAACAGCUGAUGGAGCUCAAGAACCUCGCUGAGCAGAUGAGGAGGCAACGGGACCUGGCUCUUGCCGCCAAGGAUGCCACCGCUUCCGAGCUUGAGAUGAUAAAGGUGAAAUAUGAAGAAGCAAUCGAACUGAGGAAGAAGGCUGAGAUGGAAAUCGAGAACUUCCGCCCGGAUGUUGAUGCCGCCACUUCCACCCGUAUCGCCCUGGAGAAACAGCUGGAGAAUCUCGAGUUCGAAAUCGAAUUCCUCAGGAGGGUCCACAGAGAGGAAAUUGAGGAACUGAUGAAACAGAUAUACGCUGCCCAAGCCACUGCAGCAGACGCCUUCGCCCUCCCAGACCUGUCCGGCGCCCUGAAACAGAUUCAGGCCGAUUAUGACGCCAUCGCUGCCAAGAAUCUCCAGGAAAUGGAUUCGUGGUACAAUUCAAAAUUCAAGGACAUGAACAGCAAAACCACGAGAACCGCGGACAAGAUGCGCGGUGCCAGGGAGCAACUUGCAUCGGCAAAGAAAGAGAUUGCAGGCAAAGAGAGAGACAAGGACGGCCUGCAAACCAAAAUCGACGGCCUGCAGGCAAAGGUAGCUGAAGCCCAAGACAAAUACAGGAAAGAGCUGGAGGCCCUUCAGGCCCGGAUUGAAGCACUACAGCUGGAGAUCUCAUCCACCAAGCAGAGAAUGGCAAAGAUCCUCUUAGAGUACCAGGAUCUGCUCAAUGUCAAGAUGAACCUGGAGAUUGAAAUCACAACAUACAGGAAACUAAUUGAGGGUGAGGACAUGCGCAUCACCGGAGUCGUAUCGGGAAUGAUGGGCAUGGCCGCAAUAGGUGGAUCAAGCAGCAUGAUGUCCGGAGCCAUGGGAGCUGGAAUGGCUGGUGGAUACGGUAUGGGCACCGGAAUGGCUGGCAGCGCUGGAAUGUCAGCCGGAAUGGGUGGAUUUGGAGCUGGAAUGGCUGGCGGAAUGGGUGGCGCUGGAGCCGGAUACAGCGGAGCUGGAAUGGGAUCUGGAGUUGGUGGCACUGGAGCCGGAAUGGGAACAGGAAUGGGAGCUGGAGUUGGUGGAGCUGGAGCCGGAGCCGGAAUCGGUGGUGCUGGAGCCGGAUUCGGUGGACCCGGAGCCGGAAUCGGUGGUACUGGAGCUGGAUUCGGUGGACCCGGAGGCGCAAUUGAUGGAUCUGGAGCCGGAAUCGGUGGAGCCGGAAUCGGUGGAGCCGGAUUUGGAGUCGGUGGAGCUGGAAUUGGCAGCACUGGAGCCGGAAUGGGAGCUGGAAUUGAUGGAUCCGUAGCUGGAAUUGAUGGAUCUGGAGCCGGUAUGGGUGGACCUGGAGGCCGAUACGGUGCUACUGGAGCAGGAUCCGGAAUAGGUGGGCCAGGAGCUGGAAUGGGAGCCGGAAUUGACGGAUCGGAUGCCGGAAUUGGUGGCGCUGGAACUGGAAUUGGUGGCGCUGGAACUGGAUAUGGUGGAGCUGGAACCGGAUAUGGAGGAGACGGAGUAGGCUCUGGAAUCGAUGGCGCUGGAUACGGAAUCGGUGGUGCUGGAGCCGGAAUGGGAGGCGGAAUUGAUGGAUCCGGAGUUGGAAUUGAUGGAUCCGGAGCCGGAAUUGAUGGAUUCAAAUCUGGCAUGGGACCUGGAAUGGGCGGAGCUGGUGCUGGCAUGGGAGCCGGUAUGGAUGGAACCGGAGCUGGAGUCGGACUUGGUGCCGCCGGAAUGGGUUCCGGAAUCGGUGGAGCUGGAGCAGGAAUGGGUGCCGGAAUCGGUGAAGCUGGUGCCGGAAUGGGUGCCGGAAUUGACGGAUCUGGAGCCGGAAUUGAUGGAACCAGAGCCGGAAUGGGACCAGGAAUGGGCGGCACUGGCAUGGAAGGCGGUAUCGAUGGAACCAGAGCUGGAGCUGGAGCAGGAGCCGGCAUGGGUGAAAUGGAAGGCGGCCUAAUGGCUGGAGGAAUGGGUCCCGGAGGAGAAGACGCCAUGGGCGCCGGAAUGGCAGCAGGAGUCAAAGGUGGUGCAGGCGCUGGAGGAGUCGGAGCUGGAAUGGCUGCCGGAGAAGGCGGCUAUGGCUAUGGGGAUGAUGACCUGGCAGCUGGACUGGGCGACGGAACUGGAUCCGCAGCUGGACCUGGACCUGGAGCCAGAGCUGGUGUCGGAGCAGGGGCGGGGGCAGGGGCAGGUGCAGGGGGAGUUACAGGUGCUGCUGGCGAAGACGGCGGCAUGGUAGGAGGAGCAGGAAUGGAAGCAGCUGGGCUUGGCGCAAUGGGGAUGGGAGCUGAAGCUGGAGGAGUGGCCGGAUCUGCUGAAAUGGGCAUGGGACUGGGAGCUGACGCUGCAUCUGUAUCUGCAAUGGCGAUGGGUGGUCAAGCCACUGCUACAGCCAGAGCUGCAGCCGGAGCAGCAGCCGAGGCCAGCGCUAGUGCCUAUGCCGGAGCUGGUGCCAGUGCCACUGCCACUGCCAGUGCAGGAGCCUCCAGAGGAAUGGGAAUUGGUGCUGGGACCACAGCCGGAGUCGGAGCUGGCGGCAGAGCGUCGGCGGGCAUGGGCAUGGCCGGGCAGAAGGGCAUCAGUGCUGCCGCUCUGGGAGCCGGAGUGGCCAACGGCGGAGCAUUCGGCAUGCAUGGCAGCCACACCAUCGCCGUGGAGCAGGCCGUGGAGAUGACCGAGAGGAAGACCUUGCUCAUCAGGACUGUGAAAAAUGACGACGAAAUCAUUGAGCACGACACACAGGAGUGUAACUACAUCAUCGAGGGUGCGGCCGACGAGGAGGAAGAGUAGAGAGAGAGCCCUAGCCACUCAGGACCGCUGACCCCACACUGGUGGCCCGGGGUCACGACCCUUCACCCCUCGACCUUGUCACAACACCAUGAAGAUGUCAACACUCGCAAGAUGCUUCUCCCUCCCUCUCUGUGUGUGUUGAAAGCUGGCCGUGAGGGGUUUUAUGUUGUAGAAAACCACCAUGUGCCUUCUUAAUACUGUUUCCCAGCAAGGAUUAAAUAAAAAGCUCUCAGCAUUAA